ACUGUAACAACGGCACAUUCAGAUGAACAAAUUCUUAAUUCUGAGAGAGGAACUAUACCUCUUUCACAUUUCACGAAACUAUUUGAAGAUUUCCUUCUGCUGCUCUCAGGACUCGGUGCAUGAAAAAAACAUCAGUAAUCAUGUCUGUCGUAUGCUCAUCACAGAGUUUGCCUAUUUUCCUGUUCCUCAUUGCAGUGAGUUUCGUUCAUGGUGUUGCUGAAUUAAAAGAGCUUUGCGACCCAGACCCUGUAUUAUGUAAGAACAUCACUCUAUCUGGAGGGAGAUCGAUUCAACUCAUUCCAAGAUUAGCAUCACCAUCAAACGAUCCUGAACCAGUUCUGGUAAAACUCCCAUCUUGGCGCCAUUUUGUCUGUGUUUUACCGAAAAGAAAUGAUACUCCCAUGGAUGCAUCACCACCCCAAAAGACUCCUGGUGGAGGAAGUUCGACAACUUCACCAGAACUUUCAUCCAGUGGAUCAACUGAAGCUUCGUCAGAACAAGCAAUGACCCCAAUGACAGGCUCUUCAACUACUCCAUCAGAACAUACGACAGACGAUGCAGCGACAACUUUGUCACACCCUACAACAAUUCCUUCUACGGAGGCUUUACCUGAAACCACAACAAAAGGAACCUCAGGUGUGAAUUCGUGUAAGACGCUCUAUUCAAUGGGGCAUCAAACAAGUGGUGUCUAUGCCAUCUCUCCUAGCGGUGUGGGUCUGACCGAUGUCUACUGCGAUAUGACCACCGAUAGCGGAGGGUGGACAAUCUUCCAGAAACGUUAUGACGGAUCUGUGGAUUUUUACCGCAAUUAUACCGAGUAUGUUCGUGGAUUUGGUGACGUCGAGGGCGAAUACUGGUUGGGAUUAGACCAACUCUACUUACUUGCUAAAGAUGGAGUCGAACUCAGAAUCGAUAUGGUUGAUUACGAUAACAAUCCAUUCUACGCUCAUUAUGGCAGUUUUAGCAUUGGAAGUACCAACACCAACUACCGAAUCGGGUUUUCAUCAUAUACCGGUACUGCAGGAGAAGGGCUAGAUGCAGCCAACGGACAGGACUUCUCAACCUAUGACAAUGACCAUGAUGACACCAGGGCUAAUUGUGCUUCUCUGUACAAAGGGGGGUGGUGGUAUAACGACUGUUAUACAGCCAACUUGAAUGGGAUACACGGACUCCAAACUGGUUUGACAGCGAUUAUUUGGGAUUUCUCUGACUCAAAAUACAUGAGAGCUACAGAAAUGAAGUUAAGAUGAUCGGAUUGAUCCAUGUUGUUGUCAUUCCUUUCUACCUAAUUUUUUAAGUUCUUAUACAAUAGUUAUUUUAAAGCACAAUGUAGUCCAAGUGAUUGUGUAUAUUAGAGAAUCACUUGAAAAACAGGAAUAAGCAAUUUAAACAUAUUUCAUGUAAUGAUCUAUAUCUAUAAUGGAUUUCAUGUCAACAUGGUAACACGAACAUGGGCCUCAUGUUUCGGAGGGGGGGGGGAUGGGCUGCUCACGUAUAAUGGUAGAACCGGUACGUGGCUCUUAAGACCCCUUUUCACUCAUUGACCAACCCGUUCUCCCUCGCUCCUUCAUAUCCUAACUAAGCCCUUUAUUUUAUUCGUCAGUUCUCGAUGACCACAUUUCAUUGUAAAUUCCACCCACCCCCCCCCAAAAAAAAAAAUGCAGAACUUCAGUUCUUAAGAGUAUGGCAUCUGAUUUUCUGGCCAAACAUCCGUAUCCUUUCCAAUCCGAGUGGGGGGGGGUGCCUCUCACUGAAAAACCAGUCCAGAAUGAUAGUCCUUUCUCAAGAGCUUUCAAGACACUGGACCCUGGUUCCUUUCACACCUUAAGGGCGCCACCUAUUGCUGUCCUUUACCAGGAAACGAAACAAAACUGUUUAUUCAUAUUUAUUUAUCAAAACCUAAUAGACAAUCAUUAUUCGGAGUUGUUAAAACUCAUAUUAGUGAAAAGUGCGUAAGUUUCAAUAUUUUACAUCAAUUCCAGACAAUAACAGACUGUCAUGAAAAUUGCAUUUUUCUCGUGACAAUUUUAUUUUCACUUUACAAAAUCCCAGCCAUGGCGUAAUUUCCUUCAGCAAGAAAUGUAUCCACAUUGUGCUGCACUCAACCCAGGUGAGGUGAAUGGGUACCCGGUAGGAAGAAAUUCCUUGAAUGCUUGAGCAGCCCAGCUAAAGCCAGGGUAAUAAUAAUAGCAGGGCCCGCUGGGAGAACAGUUUUCAGAACUGAAGUGGCUUCCCUGGGUCAAUAUACCUAUAUAACUAUAUUAUUAUAAAAUACGUACCUUUUGAAUUUAUCUUUGAUACAACCGAUGUAGAAGAGGCUUGGCUAUUAUAGUAUGACGUAUAAAUUUAUAUGUCUCUCUCUCACUUACACACCCUCCCUGCAUGAUUUUCUAUUAUUCAUGCCAUGUAAGUAGACUUAAGUUUUUGACGAAAUACUGUUAUGUUUUUGUUUAUCUGCUUAUAUUCCUCAGAUUGUAUAUUUGUUUUGCAUUACCUAGUAUUUUUGUUUUGAACAAAAUAUUGGCGAAUGCCAGUGAUGCUCUAAUAGUAAAUUCAGUUCAAUUCAUGUUAGCAGUAAACAAACAUACUCCAAGGAAGAACAAAACGAGUUCGGUCUAAAGUCUGUCCUUGGAUGAACGGCGAGUUAAUUAGUGAGAUGAAUAGACGAAAUAAGUUUCAUAAAAUGAUAUUAAAGUAUAAGUGCUCAGAAUAUACUGACAAUGGACAAAACAUCGAGAAUUACCGUUUACCCUUUCAAGCCACUUUAAAUUUUAAUGUGGAAGUGUGUGGACAAUUGUAAAAUGUUGAUUUAAAACUUGUCAAAUUUUGAGGAUUUUCACAUUUUUGAACUGUCUUACUGUUAUACCAUAUUUUGCCCAAUUUCUGGAUAUAUUAAUGUUUUGAUAUAUAUUUCUUCAUGUGUUAAUUUAAUAUCCACAUUUUGUGAUCAAAUAAAAUUGGAAAUAUUCGC